AGGGAUCUGUCUAAGAAUUUUUCAAAAUUGGGGUGUGGGAAGAGAGCCACUUUAUUCAACGAGGGACUGAACUGUUAAGUAAACUAUAGUUUAGGGCUUUAAUGUCUUCCCCUAAAAAAUUGAAGGGUAAAAGGGCAAAAUGUAGUAAUUUAUAAUUUAUUGAAAAAGAUUUUGCACCUUCGCAGGGGUUUAUGCACACUCUCGCAGACUCUGCUCCUUUUUCAUCAGUCUCUCCUCCCAUGGCGGGGUUUUAGUUUUUUGAUUCCUUCUCCCUUCAAAGAAAAAAUGGCACUCUCAAAUCUUCUUCUGCGGCGCCUCAAAUGUUCAGAAAUCUUCUCCCUUCGUCUCCUCUCCCAAUUUCCAAUCAGAGCGUACUUCUCUUCGCUCUCCAACUCGGCCGAGUCGACUCACCAGCCCCCUCCCACCCCCAAACCCACCUCACUCUCCGCUCGCAUGAGCUUCAUUUUCGAACAAAUCGACGAAAUCGAUAAAAAACACGAAGAAAAAGACGAAACCCUCCAGCGAAUCCGCGCUUGGCGUGAAUCCAAGAAACAAAUCAACAACCCCAGUUCCGACCCGGCUCCGACCCGGGCCGAACCGGACGCGAUGGAGGAUUUGAAGUCGGAAUUGGUUAAGAGUGAAUCUUUUUUGGGGAGUGGUGAUGUGAAGAAGGAGGUGGAGUUGGUGCACCCGUGGGCGGAGUGGAUAGAGUUGAUGGAGAGGCUUGUGCAGCAGAAUUACUUCGAUCAUAGGAGGAAGGAUGAGGAUGGUAUGAUGGAAGGUCUCGGCAUCGAUUUUUCGGAGGGUUCGAAGAUGGAGGAUAAAAGGCUCGACUUUGCUCGGGAUUUCCGGACCGUGCAGGAUGCUGUCAUCAACUUCGGCCGCGAUCGAUUUGAUAUAUUGAGGUCAUUGUCGAGACAAGAUCUUCAAAUAUUGGUAGGUUACGGAUGCCCUACUGCAGACAAGAGGGUGGUCUUCUCAUCCAAAUUGCUAAGGAAGCAUGUACAUCUGGAUGAAGGAGAUGUUUGUAGUUCGUGCCGUCUGAGGAGCUCUUGCGAAAAGGCAUAUCUGCUCACAAAUAAAGAGGAUGAAGCUCGAACAAUUGACGUAAUGCGAAUCCUACUUGAGUAUGGUUUCGAUCCAACUGAGGGAUCAGUUGCAAAUAAAUCCCUUUUAAAAAUGAAAUCUGUCAAAACCGUUGUUCGAAAAUUGCUCCAUGAGGUAGUCAAGCUAAGUGCAGUUCCGAUAGAUCCGAAUCUCCCGCCUCCCGUAAUUAAGAAGCCUCCGCCAAAGGUGAAGCAACCACCUCCCACUCCUAAAAGAAGAGUCGGGCGCGACGAUGUUGAAAUGAAAAAGGGUGAUUGGCUCUGUGCAAAGUGCGACUUCAUGAACUUUGCCAAAAAUACUGUGUGCCUCCAAUGCGAUGCCAAGCGUCCUAAGAGACAGUUGCUUCCAGGCGAAUGGGAAUGCCCCGAGUGCAAUUUCCUAAACUAUAGGAGAAACACAGCAUGUUUCCACUGCGAGCACAAGCGCCCGCCCGACACAUACGGUGAAAGUCAAUUCUCAAACAAUCAUCAACAACAACAACGUGGUGGUCCAAGAACGAACACAGACAAGUUAUCCGAAAGAACUGGCGCUUGGAAUUUCGAUUUUGACGACAACGAAUCUGAUGGAGCAGAUGUUGCUCAGUUCGAGUUCGCAGAUUCUCAGCACAAGUUCGAUGGCCGUGAAAAUAAUUCUCGAUAUGAAGAUGGUUUCGAAAGGGGCAGUAAUAGUAAUAGAACUUCAAAGUACUCCGAUUCUGGUCCGACGAGACCCAGUGUAGUAGGCUUCAAUGACUUUGACGAAGAAGACGACGAUGAUGACGUGGACAAUUACGAAGUGGUUGCCCAUAACGAAGCGCCUAAUACUCCUCGAGUGGAUUCCUCGGAGCUCGAAGCUGACUCCGAAUCCGAAGAUUUGGAUACUACGGAAGGAUAG